GUGGGUACAGAGAAGGAAAGGACAGACAGCCGAGCAGACGGGGCUGGACAGAGGGCACCAGGUUCUGUGAGGCAGCUGGGAGUCCUGGAAGUCACUUUCCACCUUGACAGCCUCUCCCCAUAGGCGAUGCGCACCCAGGGCCCGGGGAGCAGAGGUGCUCAAGUCCCUGGGCUUUAAAGUGCCUGGACGUCCCAGGAGCCUGGACAACACCUUCACCUGGAAACUUCCCUUACGCAGGACCGAAGGCUGCUACGCAUCGCUCCCUUCGCCUCUGGGCAGGGACCAGCUUCUAACAGGGCUGACACCCCACCCUCGGCGCCCCGCAGGCCCCGCCGGCAGCCCAUCAUGCCAGGCUGGCUCGCGCUGCCCGAACUCUGCCGCUUCCUUCUCCCCUGGGUGCUCGCCCUCUCCCACAGAGCGCUGGGGGACCCAGCCCUCCACCCGGGCCCCCACUACCUCCUGCCCCCCAUCCACGAGGUCAUUCACUCUCGUCGUGGGGCCACGGCCACACUGCCCUGCGUCCUGGGCGCCUCGCCUCCCAGCUACAAGGUGCGCUGGAGCAAAGUGGAGCCCGGGGAGCUCCGGGAAUCGCCGAUCCUCAUCACCAACGGGCUGCACGCCCGGGGCUACGGGCCGCUGGGUGGGCGCGCCCGACUGCGGCAGGGCCACCGGCUGGACGCCUCGCUGGUGCUGGCGGACGUGCGCCUGGAGGACGAGGGCCGCUACCGCUGCGAGCUCAUCAACGGGGUGGAGGACGAGAGCGUGGCGCUGAGCCUGCGCCUGGAGGGUGUGGUGUUUCCGUAUCAGCCCAGCCGUGGCCGCUACCAGUUCAACUACUUCGAGGCGAAGCGGGCGUGUGAGGAGCAGGACGGGCGCCUGGCCACCUAUGGCCAGCUGUACCAGGCGUGGACCGAGGGGCUGGACUGGUGUAACGCCGGCUGGCUGCUCGAGGGCUCCGUGCGCUACCCUGUGCUCACCGCGCGAGCCCCGUGCGGCGGCCCCGGCCGGCCCGGCAUCCGCAGCUACGGACCCCGCGACCGCACGCGCGACCGCUACGACGCCUUCUGCUUCACCUCGGCGCUGGCCGGCCGGGUGUUCUUCGUGCCCGGGCGGCUGACGCUGUCGGAGGCGCACGCGGCGUGCCGGCGGCGCGGGGCGGUGGUGGCCAAGGUCGGCCACCUCUACUCCGCCUGGAAGUUCUCGGGGCUGGACCAGUGCGACGGCGGCUGGCUGGCGGACGGCAGCGUGCGCUUCCCCAUCGCCACGCCGCGGCCGCGCUGCGGGGGCCUCCCGGACCCCGGGGUGCGCAGCUUUGGCUUCCCCAGGCCCCAGCAGGCGGCCUACGGGACCUACUGCUACGCAGAGACGUAGGCGCCGCCCAGGAGCGGAGCCGGGUCCCGCGCUUCCCGGAGGGACGGUGGGGGGGAACCUGGGGCUACCCGGCAGCCGGUAUGGAGGCGAUCGAGGCCGCGGCGGAGAACGCAGCCGCCGCUAGGGGGCGAGAGGGGCGUCCGGGCAUUCACUGACCUCUGCGCGCCCGCCGCAAUAAAAUAACGUGGCACCUGCUGUGGCUGAUGGAGCUGUGAAGCUCGGAGGUAGGGGUACGUGUGCGAGGAGGCUGAGACCCACAGCGCGAGUGCGCGCCCAAGAACCCUGGGGCGGGGGGCGGGGGGCGGGGACCGGACACCAAUAGACCAGGGACUCAGAAGAGCUCAGGCUGUCGUUGCUCCAGGCGCCACGCGGGGACGCCGCACACUCACCGACCUGCCAUUGCCCUAGUUCAAAUCUUCGAGGAGCAUUCCUGCAUGGACUCCUCUGGGUCGCACAGAACAAAUAUGCCACAGACCUAAACGUAUUUCAAAAUGUGUUUGUGUCCUGCAAGUUUCCCAGAAGCGUUUUCAGGGACUGUCGUUAAAGCUAGGAAACUCAUAGGAUUGUUACAAUAAAAAAAGAAAUUAACCCUGCUGAAAGAGGAGAUAAACACCAAACACGUGGCCACGUGGCAAAAGGGUGCUGGACCGAUAACAGUAAACACACACCCAAAGGAGACACACUGGUAACUCCAGAGACAAACUGGAAACCAGGCGUGGUCGUGAUCCUAGCACUUGGGGAGGCUGAGGCAGGAGGAUAGAAACCUGGAGGCCAGCCUGGGUUACAUAGAGAGACAGAAGUCUAACGUCAUUAACUCACUUUCCUAUGCAUAUUUCGUGUGUAUAUACAUAGAGUCUUGCAUGACUUAGUGAGCAUAUGUUCUGAGAAGUGGUCUUGGGUGAUUCCGUGUAUAUGGACAUGGUAAUACGGUGCACCCUUGACAUGAACUAGAUCAAUUCCCGAGGGCUGGUUGUAACUCAAGUUGUUUGUAAGUCAAUACAGCUGAGAUCUAGAUGUUUACCUGGGUACACACUAUAGAUAACCAGAGGCAGGGCCAGGGAUUUAGCUCAGUGGUUCUGCCUUCUGCCUCACAAGUGCAAGGACCCAAGCUUGAUCACCGGUACCAAAAAAAAAAAAGAAAAAUAGAUAACCAGAGGCAGAUGAAUCUUCCGUUAACCUAAUUAACCCAGGUUGUUCGUAUGUCAGGCCGGUCGUAACUUGAGGGUCCACUGUACCUAGACCUUGUGGUACCGCCUAUGACUCCUAGACCAUGCAACUGCUCUGGCAACUGUAAUACAAUGGUAUUUGUCUUAGUGACUUUUUUCAUUGCUGAGACAAAAUAACCCAAUACCUACAAGUUAAGGGAGAAAAGGUUUAUUUAGCUCAGUUUGCAGAGGUUUCUGUCCAUAGUUAGCUGCUCCAAGUCAAGCAUGGCAAAGGGGCAUCACGGAAGAGAAACAGUUUGUGACAGACAGAAGGUGACAAAGCAACAAGGGACAAUGCUGCAAACCAGCUGCAGUUGAUGUCGAUGUAGGGUAGGAAGGGGAGAUGUCCUGGGCCAGCGAUGAGAAAAGAACCUUCACAAGCAAUGUUCAGGUUCCCUCUGAAAAGUCUCAGGGUCUGAUUUAUUUUUAUAUCUUUAAGCAAUGGCUAGGAGGCACUGGGCGGAACAUGUUUACA